AUGGAAAUAAAUUGGAAUAAUACAUGCGAUGUACAUACACAUGCACAUGAUGAUAUUGAGAAUCUAGAGCGUAUAGGUGAAUUGAAAACAGAUAAACUAUGUCUUAUGGGAACAAAUAUUAAAGAUUUAGAUUUAGUAGCAGAACUUUCAAUUAAAUAUAAGGAUAAAGUCAUUCCAU